UUGUGGUGCGCCUGCGCAUCAGGGGCGCGCGCAAGGGGCUGGUUUGGAGAUCCCUUUAAGAAAACCACUGGCGGAGGAAUUUCUCUGAGAGAAAAUAAUCCUCCUCACGGGGCCCCUUGGAGGCCAUUAACCCCCCGAGUCCCGGCCCCCCUGCCCCGGCAGGCCCUCGCGCCCACGCGCCCGCCCGUGGGACCCCAGGAGCUGCGGCUAAGCGCGCGGGCCUCCGCCCCCCUCGUCACUCCCGCGCCAGGCCCGGCGGGGGCCGACGGGGACCGAACCGCAGCGGGUGAAGCGCCCGUGUCUGCAGUGUGGGCGGGGGCCGAGAGGGGCCGCGGCCGCCGCGCCGGGAGCCGCCGCGGUUCCGAGCGGGGCCCAACAUGGCGGAGCGGGAGGUGGAGACCGGCCCCCGAAAGAGGUUUGAACAGAAAAGUGAUGCAGUUUUUGAUGAAAUUGUAGAAAACUGUGGUGUCAUGGAUACAGAAAUGUCUGAAGAUACAGACCACAACUUAACUCCCACCCUUGCCAGCAUGUCUUAUGGAAUGCCGAAUCAAACAGGAUCUGAAAAUUCAUUGCUGGAUGAAGAUGAUUAUUUUUUGAACUCUGGGGAUCUUGCAGGAAUUCCAGUCGUUAGUAGUGACAAUGAGGAUGAACAGGAUUGUAGUUCACAGGACAACCGUGUUUCUUCAGUUCACACUGAUGGUAGUUUGGAAGUAGAGAGAAGAGCUGCUCAUCAGGAAUCAGACAAUGAAAAUGAAAUACAAAUUCAAAAUCAGUUAAAAAAAGACUUUCCUAAACAGUUUGAUCAGGUUUCUGUCUUUAAAUCAAUACGAAAAGAUUUUUGUUUAGUGAGAGAAAACAGCAAAGAGACAUUUUCUGGAAAGGAGAAAAAUAGAGACCUAACUUAUCAUGAACGUGAAAAACGGUUGGAUAAACCCCAUAAAGGUUUGGAUUCAAGGUUGAAAAGCAGUUUUUUUGAUAAAGCAGCUAAUCAAGUUGAAGAAACAUUACAUACUCAUUUACCACAAAACCCAGAAACAAACUUUAGGGACUCCAGCUACCCAUUUGCCAAUAAAGAAUCCAUUGGUUCGGAACUGGGGAAUUCGUUUGCAUCAAAUAUUAGAAUUAAAGAAGAACCUUUGGAUGAUGAGUAUGACAAAGCAGUGGCGCCUCAGCAGGGACUACUAGACAGAGUUAAAGACGAACCUGACAAUGCUCAAGAGUAUAGUCAUGGCCAACAGCAAAAAACUCAAGAGGGGGAACUGAAAAUUAGUGCUGUGUUUUCAGUCAGUGGCAGUCCUCUUGCUCCACAGUUGACUACUGGCUUUCAGCCUUCUCUGGCAUCACCUGGCAUGAAUAAAAUGCUUCCUUCAGUUCCAGCCACAGCUGUUCGAGUUUCUUGCUCUGGUUGUAAAAAAAUCCUCCAGAAGGGGCAGACUGCUUAUCAGAGGAAAGGGUCUACUCAGCUUUUCUGCUCUACCCUGUGCCUCACGGGAUACACAGUGCCACCUGCCCGCCCACCACCUCCCCUCACCAAGAAGACUUGUUCAAGUUGCUCAAAAGACAUUUUAAAUCCAAAGGAUGUGAUCAGUGCCCAGUUUGAAAAUAGUACCACCAGUAAGGAUUUUUGCAGUCAGUCAUGCUUGUCAACAUAUGAACUGAAAAAAAAGCCCAUUGUUACCAUAAACACAAAUAGCAUUUCAACCAAAUGCAGCAUGUGCCAGAAGAACGCUGUUAUUCGACAUGAAGUUAAUUACCAGAACGUGGUUCACAAGCUCUGCAGUGAUGCCUGUUUCUCUAAGUUUCGCUCUGCUAACAACCUCACUAUGAACUGUUGUGAGAACUGUGGGGGUUACUGUUAUAGUGGCUCUGGACAGUGCCAUGUGCUGCAAAUUGAGGGGCAGUCUAAGAAGUUUUGUAGUUCAAUGUGUGUCACCUCAUACAAGCAGAAAUCAGCCAAAAUAACACCAUGUGCGCUUUGCAAAUCAUUGAGAUCCUCAGCAGAAAUGAUUGAGAAUACCAAUAGCUUGGGGAAGACAGAACUUUUCUGUUCUGUUAAUUGCUUAUCUGCUUACAGAGUUAAAAUGGUUACUUCCGCAGGUGUACAAGUUCAGUGUAACAGUUGUAAAACCUCAGCAAUCCCUCAGUAUCAUCUAGCCAUGUCAGAUGGAAGUAUACGCAACUUCUGCAGCUACAGUUGUGUGGUAGCUUUCCAGAAUUUGUUUAACAAACCAACUGGAAUGAAUUCUUCAGUAGUGCCCUUGUCUCAGGGCCAGGUAAUCGUGAGCAUCCCCACAGGUUCAUCAGCAUCUGCAGGUGGAGGGAGUACACCCGCUGUGUCCCCCACCUCGAUCAACAGCUCCGCUGCUGCUGGGCUCCAGAGGUUGGCUGCCCAGUCCCAGCAUGUUGGGUUUGCCCGAAGUGUGGUGAAGCUUAGGUGUCAACACUGUAACCGUCUUUUUGCCACAAAGCCAGAGCUUCUUGACUACAAGGGUAAAAUGUUUCAGUUCUGUGGCAAGAAUUGUUGUGAUGAAUAUAAGAAAAUCAAUAAUGUAAUGGCAAUGUGUGAAUACUGUAAAAUUGAGAAAAUUAUAAAGGAGACUGUGAGGUUCUCAGGUGCUGACAAGUCAUUUUGUAGUGAAGGUAAUCCCCUGAUAAUUUGUUUCUUCUUUGCUCUCUUUAAUUUGUUUCAGAUGGCCAAAUGUGAUGGUUGCAAGAGACAGGGUAAACUCAGUGAGUCAUUGAAAUGGCGGGGUGACAUAAAACACUUUUGUAACCUGCUUUGCAUCUUGAUGUUCUGUCAUCAGCAAACUGUAUGUGACCCACCUUUACAAAACAAUGCAGCAGCAAGUAUUUCCAUGGUUCAAGCUGCUUCUGCAGGGCCCCCGUCCCUCAGAAAAGAUUCAACUCCAGUUAUUGCUAAUGUGGUAUCUUUAGCAAGUGCUCCUGCUGCUCAGCCCACAGCAAACACCAACAGCGUCUUACAAGGUGCAGUUCCAACAGUUACAGCGAAAAUCAUUGGGGAUGCAAGUACUCAAACAGAUGCCCUGAAACUUCCACCUUCUCAACCUCCAAGGCUUUUGAAGAACAAAGCUUUAUUGUGCAAACCCAUUACACAGACUAAAGCCACCUCAUGUAAACCACAUACUCAAAACAAAGAAUGCCAGACAGACACUCCAAGUGAGCCCCAGGUUAUGGUGGUACCAGUCCCUGUGCCAGUGUUUGUUCCCAUACCUCUUCAUCUGUACACCCAGUACACUCCUGUCCCCUUUGGGAUUCCAGUUCCUAUGCCUGUUCCCAUGUUUAUUCCAUCCUCUAUGGAUAAUGAUGAGAAAGCAACUGAGGGCAUUGAAGACAUUAAAGAGAAGCUUGCCACGCAUCCGUUUGAAGCAGAUCUCCUUGAGAUGGCAGAAAUGAUUGCAGAAGAUGAAGAGAAGGAGAAAACUUUAUCCCAGGGAGAAUCUCAAACUUCUGAACAAGAACUCUUUCUAGACACCAAGAUAUUUGAAAAAGACCAAGGAAGUACAUAUAGUGGUGAUCUUGAGUCAGAAGCAGUAUCAACUCCACACAGCUGGGAAGAAGAGCUGAAUCAUUACACAUUAAAGUCGAAUGCUGUGCAAGAUGCUGAUUCAGAACUGAAACAGUUCUCAAAAGGGGAAACAGAACAGGAUCUGGAGGCAGAUUUUCCAUCAGAAUCUUUUGACCCACUUAAUAAAGGACAGGGAAUCCAGGCACGUUCUCGAACAAGACGAAGACACAGAGAUGGAUUCCCCCAGCCCAGACGGCGAGGGAGGAAGAAGUCUGUAGUACCUGUGGAACCCAGAAGUCUUAUUCAAGGAGCCUUGCAAGGGUGCUCAGUGUCUGGAAUGACACUGAAGUAUAUGUAUGGGGUAAAUGCCUGGAAGAACUGGGUUCAGUGGAAAAAUGCCAAGGACGAACAAGGAGAUCUGAAGUGUGGGGGAGGUGAUCUUGCCUCUGCUAGUCCGUGUUCUGACUCCUUAGGAAGUGCUCAAGACCAUGCACUCUCUCAAGAAUCCUCAGAGCAAGGCUGUAAAGCCCGCUCUGUGAAACUGAAGGAAGAUAUUCUGUCCUGCACUUUUUCUGAGUUGAGUUUGGGCUUAUGCCAGUUUAUCCAAGAGGUGCGGAGACCAAAUGGUGAAAAGUAUGACCCAGACAGUAUCUUAUACCUGUGCCUUGGAAUUCAGCAGUACCUAUUUGAAAAUGGUAGAAUAGAUAACAUUUUUACGGAGCCCUAUUCCAGAUUUAUGAUUGAACUUACCAAACUCUUGAAAAUAUGGGAACCUACAAUACUUCCUAAUGGUUACAUGUUCUCCCGCAUUGAAGAAGAACAUCUGUGGGAGUGCAAACAGCUGGGCGCUUACUCGCCCAUCGUCCUGUUAAACACCCUCCUUUUUUUCAAUACCAAAUACUUCCAACUGAAGAAUGUUACUGAGCACUUGAAGCUGUCCUUUGCCCACGUGAUGCGCCGGACCAGGACUCUGAAGUACAGCACCAAGAUGACGUAUCUGAGGUUCUUCCCGCCUUUACAGAAGCCGGAGUCAGAGCCAGAUAAGGUAACUAUUGGCAAGAGGAAACGAAAUGAAGAUGACGAGGCCCCAGUGGGAGUGGAGAUGGCAGAGAACACUGACAACCCGCUGAGGUGCCCGGUUCGGCUUUAUGAGUUUUACCUGUCAAAAUGUUCUGAAAGUGUGAAGCAGAGGAGUGAUGUGUUCUACCUUCAGCCGGAGCGCUCCUGUGUUCCUAACAGUCCCAUGUGGUACUCCACAUUCCCCAUAGACCCUGGAACCCUGGACACCAUGUUGACGCGCAUUCUCAUGGUGAGGGAGGUACAUGAAGAACUUGCCAAAGCCAAAUCUGAAGACUCUGAUGCUGAAUUAUCAGAUUAACAUGAAGGAAAGCUCCCGUUUUCAUGCACACUGGUAUGCACUGGUAUGCACUGGUAUGCACCAAGCUGGGAUGCACUCAGCUGUUGGAAAGAUGUUGAAAUGCAAGUCCUCUUGACUUGCUUGUUUGGUGGGAAAAACGGUGGCUUCUGAGCCGUAGUGGGCUGCAAAUGUAACCUGAAGGGAGAAGGGUGAGUGGAUUGGGAGGGAGAGGAGCGUUCGUAGACAUCUUCGAAAGACUAACCAGUUCCUGAGUGGUGCAUAAUCUUAUUUUCUUCGGGAAUAAGAAAUUGUGGAAUAUUUUUAAGGAAAACUGUUGUAUAAAAUUCUACCAUAGUAACCUUAGUUAGAAGGGGUAGCUUUGCAGUGAGACCCUGGCUGCAGUAGGCUACUUGAGCAAGCUGUCCAUGAAAGUCAGGAGAGGUCACUGCACAGCUGAGAGUGGCAUCAGAUGAGGACAGGGAGACUCAACCUGGAAGAUCCAAUAAAAAUACUCAAGUUUUUAUAAAAAAGAUAGUGGUCUGGAUUGAUUUUCACUGCCAACCUACUUAUGUGAAGGAUAGAAGCCUUUAGUCUUUUAACUGAAGGCCCCUCACAUCAGAGGACACGCCCUUCAUCACUGUUAGUGAGCCCCUUUUCAUUUAGGGUCUUGCCUUCUCAGCUAUGGGUGAUUUAAGGUAAAAAGGAUGAUAUUUCAGAAAAUAACUAUGUACACAGAAAAUCUGUGGAGCUCAUUAGACCCUGGUGUCUUUAAGUAUUUAUAGAAAGCCCAUUAAAAUGCCCGCUUCUCUGGGUGCUGCUGUCUCCUGGCCUCAGCUGGUUGCACAGAAGUGGGGCCUCCCUUUGUGUCCAGUUUUCCCCAUGGCAUCCUUUCUUCCCUGUCUUACUUUCCUGUCCCAAAUGAUGCUGCUUGUUCUUUGUACCAGCUUCUAGAGGCCCUUGUCAUUUCAAAAGGAAUAACCUGUCUCCAUAAUUCUGACAAAUGUGUGGGUGACCCCACAAAGACACAGUAUUAUGUAGCUGUCCGAGUUACGGUAGGGAAGGUCACAGUAGGUUCCUGUGUAAAAGCAUUUGGAAGUUGACCUUAUUGCCCCAGGGAACUUGAAAGUUAGGAAUUGUGGGGCUGGAGUCCGAGGUGACUGACCCCACGAGGUCUUUCUGCUGCUGUAUUCCAGACUCUAGCUCGCACAGGUCUAUGGGAAGCGCAAGGCGCAGGUGUGUGUGACAUUACCAGGUGUCUCCCUCAUCUCCAUUCUCAGUUUCUUUCCUACAAAUUUUGAAUCAAGCUUUUAAUAAUGUUGGAUAAUUCCUGAGCUUCUUUAAUUGACGUUAACUUGAGCUUACAGCAGACCUGAGAGAAGUCAUAAGCCUCUCCCACGUGUCACCUAAGACUUCAGUGUGUCCCAUGUUAUAGGUGGGAGUAGCAAGUUGGUUGUUUUGUUUUAAACAAAUAAAGGUCAUUUAAAUACGACAGAACUUUAAAAUGGGCCUUUGACAUUGUGUACUUAGUGGUUCUGUCCCUCUGCUUGUAACAAAUAUCCUUUUUGUUACUAAGAAUUAUGUGAACGAAGUAAACCUGCCCCAGUCUGUGUGAUUAACUCCGUCUGUGCUGUCAAUCUGACGGGAACUUCUUCCUUCCAGACCGCGAUUGAUUGGAGGGAAGGCAGUUGGCCUGUCUGAUAAGUCACCAAUAAACCAUCCAAAACACCAGGUGUCAGUCCUGCUGUAUCAGUUUUGAUUUGUGUGAACACUAACAUUUCCCAUCUAGAGUUGUAUGAAAAACAAAUACUGUUAGCUUAGUAUAUAAAUUGUUAUAAAAUACCAAAAA